CUUUAAAAACAAGAAGUAUAUUAUAUAAAGGUUUAACGAGUAGUUGCAUUAGUUGACUUGGAGAGGAUAGUAGCUAUUAGCUUACCUCUUUGUUCCCAGAAAGCCACCAAAACGGGGAAGCUCAUUUGCUGCCGCCAGUCCUAAGAUUAUCAUCAUUAAGAGGAGGCAAAUAAAUUGAUGCGGUUACAGUGGCGGAUCACACUUAAGUGAAAUCUGUUGAAGUUGUAUCCCGGAAAAUCCUCGGGUAUCCAGGCAUAAAAAUUGCAAACACGAGAGGAAGAAAAAAGCUCAUCAAGACUUAAAGGAUGGCAGAUUCAACCAUCUGCAUGUGUGCGCUGCUGACGCAUGAACGUUAGCUCGGUGAAUGAAGGUGUGGAGAUACAGGAUACAGUAGGUGCAGGCGGCAGCGGAGCGAGGCCAUUCUGGGAGAGAUAAGCCACCGAAAACAGCCUGCGGGACUGACUGACACGCGUCGAUCAACAUAUGUGGCACUGAUGGACACAAACGGAUCGUGAAAGAAGAAGAUUCGCAGCCCGUAGGAGGAAGAAGAAGGUGAAAGAACGAUCCCGAUUUAACAUCUGUUCCCCCCCACCGCUCUCUCUAAAAACGAUUCCUAACUGGAUUUUUUUUUUAAUAUAGUGAGAGAGGCUGAAGUAGUCGGAGAGCAACAAUAAAGACUCACACACACUCUCUGUCUAUGCAUGGACUAUCGUAGACCGCAUUCAGUUUUCACCUGGGCACAGUAGUGAACUGCGACUCCAGAAAAAAAAAUGCCACGGAGGAAACAGCAGGCACCCAAACGGGCUGCGGUGUACGUGCCCGAUGAAGAUGCCGCUCUUCAGGAUUCCAUCGCUGAAGAAGACGGAGAUAACGACACUCAGACUGAAGAGGAAUGCUCAGAGAAGACCAGCCCCAAAGUGUCUGAGGACAGAGAGCUCGACAACAAGAGCACUAACACUUACAGCAACCAGAACUCUCCCAUUAGUGUCCUUUCCAAUCAAGAGGCAGAGUUGGAAUCGCGCCUUAGCGACAGCAGUGACAGGCUCUCAGACUUCAAAACCUCAUCGCCACCUGAGAGUCAGCGAGAUGAAGAAAGCAGCAGCUCCAAGCAUAAAGAAGAGACGGGCAGCAGCUUGGAGAAAAUGAGGGCGGCCUAUGCAAACUUUCUCGCGGAUUCUUAUUGGACGGGGAUAGGAAUGGACUUGAAAAUUGGCAAAAACACCAGCAAAGCCAACUGUGACAGCACCAAUGGAAGCACCAAGAGUGAGUUUGACUGGCACCAGGACGCGCUCUCUAAGACCUUGCAGCAGACACUCUCCCCAAAGCCUGCAACCAAACCCAACCUCUUUAGCUCUGUGCACCUCUAUAGGCAAACCACCAAACCCUGUGGCUCGGUGUUCACGGGAGCCAGCCGAUUUCGCUGCAAGGACUGCAGCGCUGCUUAUGACACUCUGGUUGAGCUGACAGUUCACAUGAACAAGAGCGGGCACUACCAAGACAACAACCACAGCAAACAGAGUAAUUCCUCUGCCUCGUCCUCCAAAUCUAGGAAACGAAACUUGCAAGACAUGGAAGGGAAGGAGGAUGCGCAGAAAGUUUUGAAGUGCAUGUUUUGUGGCCAUUCUUUUGACUCGCUCCAGGAUUUGAGUGUCCAUAUGAUUAAAACUAAGCAUUACCAAAAAGUGCCUUUAAAAGAGCCAAUCCCAGUAAUCACACCCAAAUUACUGGCACCAGCAAAGAAACGGGCUUUCGAAACAACGAGGCCCUGCUCCCCUGACUCCACGACUGGUGUGUCUGGCUACACUGAGGCACAACGAGCUGCCAGCAUUGCAAACGCCAACAACAAUCGAUAUGGAUAUCAGAAUGGAGCGAGUUACACCUGGCAGUUUGAGACGUGCAAAUCUCAGAUUCUGAAAUGCAUGGAGUGUGGAAGCUCCCAUGACACCCUUCAGCAACUGACCACACAUAUGAUGGUUACUGGACACUUCAUCAAAGUUACAAACUCAGCUUCUAAAAAGGGUAAACAGUUAGCCCUUGACCCCUUGGCCAUAGAGAAGAUCCAGGGUUUGGCUGAGCCUGCUGUCAGUGACACUGAAGGAGAAAAAGUGUCUCCAAAAAAUCCUUCCCCAGGGAACGGUGAGAAGGAUAGCCAGGGGGAAGGUACUUCAGACAAAAUGGAAGAAAGUGAUACUAAAGAUGACAAGCAAGAGAGCGAGGAUCAAAAGGCCGGCAAUGGGACUUUUAAGUACCCUUAUCUACGUGAGGAGGAUCUUGAACAGGACUCAGGUGGAGGAGGGGACAUUCUUAAAUCUUUAGCCAACACAGUGGCCUCUGCCAUAAAUAAAGCUCAAACAGGGACACCGAGCUGGAGUGCCUACCCAAGCAUUCAUGCUGCCUAUCAGCUCUCUGGCAUCAUCAAAAGCGCCCCUCUCUCAGCAUCUCCACCUACUCAGCUAAAGCAGACGUUCAACCACAAGCUGAGACCGAUUGCCCCAAAGGGGAAGUUAUACCACAGUGCUGUGGGAGUUGAGGCUCCCCAGGGACAGCAUCAGACUGUGGACAUCAAAAAAGAAAAGGUUGGCAUUAGCGAUGGUAAAGAAAGUCAGAAUAUUAAGUUUGAUCUGGUGGAGAAUGAUGACAGCGAUUGUCAGGACGAUUCCUCUUCCUCUUCAAAGCUUGAUGCAGACUGUGUGAAUGAAGGGAGUGAAGCGAUCAAAGGAAAGUUGAGCCCAGAUUUCUCCGACAGAGGCAAGACACCGAGCCCCACUGCCAGCAAUGGACGCAGCACUGCUUCAGAGCCUCUCAGUGACACUCCGGAUAUACUUGGCAUAAACCCUCUUAGUGCACUGCAGUCAGUUCUGAACAAUCAUCUGGGGAAAGCAAAUAAGCCCAAUAACUCAAGAGUAGAUAAACUAUCGGCUCACACACAGUCUAUGUUUGCUGACAUUAAUCGUAGCAGCGAGAAGUCGGCUUUAAUGCUCGGAAAUCCUGUAAGAAAUAAGCGCGAUAACACCUUUCUCUUUGUUAGCGAUGACCAGCCAAUAGAUCUGACGAAAUCUAAACACAACAAGGCGAGCUCCCUGCUAGUGCAGCCCUCCGCACCGAUGCCACAGAAAUAUGCUCUGUCUGAUAUCGCCGAUAUGGUUAAAGUGCUUCCGAAAGCCACCACUCCAAAACCAUCAAUACCAUCAAGGAUUCCAUCUAUGAAACUGGAAUCGGAUGUCAGGCGCUUCGAAGAUGUCUCAGCGGAGGUGUACUCCGUCCACAAGCGUAAAGGUAGACAGUCAAACUGGAAUCCGCGCCAUCUUCUCAUCCUGCAAGCUCAGUUUGCCUCCAGCCUCUUCCAGACCUCUGAAGGAAAGUAUUUGCUCUCGGACCUCGGCCCUCAGGAACGGAUGCACAUCUCUAAAUUCACUGGCCUGUCCAUGACUACCAUAAGCCAUUGGUUAGCAAAUGUAAAGUACCAGCUGCGGAAAACGGGAGGGACCAAAUUCCUGAAGAACAUGGACACGGGCCACCCAGUCUUCUACUGCAAUGACUGCGCUUCCCAGUUUAGGUCACCCACCACAUUCAUUUCCCAUCUGGAAUCCCAUCUCGGGUUCCAAAUCAAAGACAUGUGCAAAAUGCCGGUAGAGCACCAGACGAAGGUAGAGGAGCCAGAACUGUCGAAGGCCCUCAGCGUCAGAGCCACAGAGGCUCUAGUCGCAGAGGAGGACAUUGACUCAAAAUUCAAAUGUAAGCUCUGCUGUCGGACAUUUGCAAGUAAUCAUGCAGUCAAACUCCAUUUGAGUAAAACUCACAGCAAAUCCCCUGACAACCAUUCACAAUAUGUGGAAAUGGACAAGGAGUAGUUUUUCAUAUUACCAUCACCUUUUUUUUUCCUUUUCUUGCCUUUUUAUUUCAAUACACGGGUCAGAUAAUUCAACCAUUUUUCAAUUAUCAUUGUGUAGUGUGCAUUGUAACGACUUAAAAAAAAAAUUAAUGGAUUACAGCAAAGACACACUGGUUAGAAUUUGUGUAAGGAAACACUAAGAGAUACUUUUGCACCCUGCUCAAAUGCAUCACCAGUAAUGAAAUGUAUUACUGCUUGAAGAAACAUUAUUGCUGAUGUUUGCAUGCAAUAGCCCUGGCUAUGACUACUAUUUAUUUGUAUGAUAUGUCAAGUUUCAAUUGUAUUUCAAAGACAAAAUAAUGACCUAACUGUACUUUACAACCUCUGUGAUACAGUCCAGCCGCACAGACGUGCAGCUGUUGAAGCAGGUAGCCUGAUAACGCGACCACACUCAUGCAGACCUGUACAGUGUAUUGCUAUGUAAAGAUGUUUCGUGUUGCAACGAUAGACGAGGGGGGGAAAAAAGCACUUUAAUAAAAAUUUAAUCACCAGUUUAGACUCGGAUCCUGUACAUGACUCAAAAAUAAAUUAGACAGUUUCAGAAUGAGGCUCUUUCACAUGUAAAUAUAUUUUAGAAGAAAAAAAAACGUGUGUUUCAUGCAACAAGGAUAACAAAAAGGCAGAUGAUACCUGUGAUACCUGCACCUUUUUUUACUUAUUCAAAUAAAGAGUUAACAUUUGA